CUUGACUGAAGAGAGUUCAGGCAUCUGAAGUCAGCAUUGAAGCCCCACAUCAAAAAUGGAAUCGAAUGCACAAUUAAACUUCAUUUUACUGGGGAAAAAGGGAGCUGGGAAGAGUUCAUCAGGAAACACAAUACUCGGACGACAAGCUUUCACAACAAAGAAAUGCUCCAGUUCUGUUACUCAAGAUCAAACUAUGGGGUCUGGAACAGUUGAUGGGUUUUCAGUCACCGUGUACGACACACCAGGAUUCUUUGACCCUAAGCUGAGUGAGCAUGAGAUUCAGCAGAAAAUUGGAAAGGUUCUCCAAAAAUCUGAAGUGGGUGAAUGGGCAUUUCUAAUCGUUAUUAAAGCAGACAGUUUCACUGAAGAGGAGAGAAUAACAGUAAAGAAGAUCGAGAAGCUGCUGGGAGAAAGACGCUUUCAGAAAACCUGGAUUCUCUUCACCAGAGCAGAUGAAUUAGAAGAUGACAACGUGACAGAACAAGAAUUCCUUAACAUAAAUGGAGGUUUGAAGAAGCUUGUUCAGAAAUAUGAUCAGAGAUACCACAUGUUCAACAACAAGAAGAAAGGACCAAGUAAACAAGUUAAAAUGUUACUUACCAAAAUAAUCCAGCCAUUUGUUAAAGAAAAAGAAAUCCAAACUUUUGGAAACCAGAAGCUGAACAUGGUGUUUUGUGGAAAUUAUGAAAUAUUAAAGGAAUCUGUAUCAAAACUUAUAGAAGGAGAAAAGACAUUCCUUCCUCCUUUACAUCAGAAGGAGUGUGUGAGUAAAGCUGUGGAUCUUCAUGGUCGUCUGAUUAAUGUGCUGGAGCUUCCAGCUCUCAGUCGUCUCUCAGAGGAGGAAGUGAUGCAUCAGUCCCACCAAUGUGUGUCUCUCGGUGAUCCUGGAGUUCAUGCUUUCCUCUUCUUUAUUUCUGAUGCUCCACUGACUGAGGAAGAUAAAGCAGAAAUGGAGGAGAUCCAGAAGAUUUUCAGCUCCAAAAUCAAUAAACACAUGAUCAUUGUAAACCUAAAGAUGAAUAAUCAGAUAAAUACAGAUCCUUCUUCAGAGAUCUCUAUUCAAACAUUUGGAGCUCGACAGUUUGUUUUGGAGAACAGCUCACAGGUUCCUGAUCUGCUGCAGGAUGUGGAGAACAUGGUGGAAGAGAACAGUUUCUACACCUCCUUCAUGUUCCUUCAGGCUCAGAUAGAGCUGGAGAGAAACAAACACAAGGCUGAAAUAGAAGAACUGAAGAGAUUCAUGAUGAAAACUCAAGCAACAGAAGCAGAUGUAACAUAUGAUGAUGAUCUGAGGAUUGUGCUGCUGGGUAAGACAGGUGUUGGGAAGAGUGCAUCAGCAAACAUCAUACUGAGAAAAACAGCUUUUAAAUCAGCACUGGCUUCAAAAUCAGUGACCAGAGAGUGUCAGAAAGACAGAGCUGAGUUCAGCAGAGGACGCAUAACCGUGAUCGACACUCCAGGCCUGUUUGACACUGGAAUUGAUAAUGCUCAGAUCAUGAAGGAGAUUGUGAAGUGUGUGUCAAUGGCAGCACCAGGACCGCAUGUGUUUCUGUUGGUGAUUUCACUGGUACGGUUCACAGAUGAGGAGAAAGAUGCAGUGAAGAUGAUCCAGGAGAGGUUUGGUGAUCAAUCCAGCAUGUACACCAUGGUGCUCUUCACCAGAGGAGACGAUCUAGGAGGAACCAGCAUUAAAGAUUUUAUUGAAGGAGAUGAAAACUUACAGAACCUCAUCCAUCAGUGUGGAAACAGAUACCAUGUGUUCAGGAAUAAAGAGACUGAAGAUCAGGUGCAGGUUUCUGAACUACUGGAGAAGAUUGACCGCAUGGUGGCAGAAAAUGGAGGAGGUUAUUACACCAAUGAGAUGUUUCAGCAGGUGGAGAAAAACAUCAGAGAAGAACAAAAGAGAAUCCUGAUGGAGAAAGUAGAGGAAAUUAAGAGAAAAGAGAAAGAGCUGAGAGACAAAUAUGAAGCAGAAAUGGAGCAAAUAAAGAAGGAAACUGAGAGAAAAAGACAAGAGAUGCAAGAUGAACUGAGAAAAAAAGAGGAGGAGUUUAAAAAGAAAGAAGAGGAGAUUAAGAAUGAAAAAGAUGAAAGUUUACAAAAAGAGCUGCAGAAAAAACUGGAGGAACAGCAGAAACUGCUUAAAGAAAAGAUGAAGAAAGAGAAGGCUUUGGAAGAACAACAGAAGAAACACAUAAAAGACCUGGAAGGAAAACAUGAGAAAGAAAGCCAAAAACUCAAGGAUGAAGUAAAACGUGAAACUAGAGAGCAAGCAGAGCGUGAAUAUCGUAAAAAAAUUGACAGUAUACCGUACAGGUCAAAGCGAGCUAGUGACUGGGGUUACUAUGUUCCUGUUGUUGGAGCAGCUGCUGGAGGAGCUGUUGGUACUAUUGAAGAUGUUGGUGGUUGGAUUAAAAAACGUUUCUUUUCUUAAUCUACAUACUCCAAACAAAGGGUAAAUUCAGAUUUCAGACCUCUGGCUCCCAGUGACAGCAGCAGUCUAUAAGUGUCAGCAACAGUAUAUAAAGUAAAAUUCAUGUCUCCUCUAGCAAUGAUCUUCUCACUUGAAGAGUAACAUGAUGAUAAACAAUAUGCUUCUCUUUCUGAACUGAAAUAAUGCCUGGUGUAGCUUAAAGUAUACUAUUGUAUUGAUAAUUAUCCUGUACUCAUUUAUUCCUCAACUUCACCAUUCAUCUAAUGUGUGCUCACUCCACUGUGUCACACAUGUUUGAUUUCUCUAUUUACCUGUAAUACACCUUAUGCAGAGUUCACACUGUGCAAUUAUCAAAGCUGUCAGUUCAGGAUACACCCUCAUGACUACAUUAAAAUCACCCAUAACUCUGUGUGGCUCCCAAAUGCAUGCAAGAAGCGAUAAUGAAAUAACCCAGGACCACAUGAAAGAUGAUAAAAUAUACUCUCCUAUAAGAAUUUUUUUUUUUUAAUAAUUUGCCAUUUAUUGGUCUGUGAUCAAAUUUGCAGUUAAGUGGGGACCUGAAUCCUACUCUCAUUGGCUGUUGGUCUUUGCUUGUGUCUUUUUUCAGUCAGAAAUCAUUUAUCAUAGAAUGAUUUUAGUCUAGAUAUUAACAUGUCAAAUAUUUAGCAGCAGCAUGUCGAAGACUCUCUGAUCACGUUUUGGAUCAUUCACACUGUAUGAAUGAGCACUGAUUUGCCUUGCCAUUUCUCCAAACCUGUCAUUGAGUGAAAAUUAGGGCUAAAAUGCAGUGUGAACUCACAUAAAAGACUCUGUCAAUCAUUUUAUCAAUCAGUCUGUAAUCAAAUGCUAUUACUGAUAUACUCACAUAUUGCCAUGUUGUUGCUUGCUCCAAUAAACUUACUGAAACUUA